UUCCAGUUUUCCGGGUCAGAAAAUGAUAACACCCCAGCUCCAGGAGUAUUGAAGUCGUGAAACUCACAGCGGAGAUAAAGAACGCCUCGCACUCACAAAGCCAGCUGGACGCGAGUCACCGGCUGGUUUUGACACUGACGGUCACAUGAUCCUGGUGGAGGUAUGCUGUAUUUGCCAUACGUUAUAUCAUUGAAGGCAAGGAACCUUAUACUAUAUAUACUGUAUAUGUAGUCUGGGUACCUAGAGAUACACAGCGCCGUUCUUCUAGACGACCACACCAAUUACGUUACAUCAUCCAGCCAAUCAAAUCGUCUCCUGCGCGUAACCUUAUGAAAGACUCUAAUGAACGUCUUCCACCCACCAUCAAGCAAGCUCACUGGCGAACUCAGAAGCUAACUAUUAAACUAAAUAACACUGCAUUAAGGUUGAUGAUGGACAAACACCUUAAUGCGAUGUGACUGAACCACUUUCCAGAGCAGUCCCGAAAACAAAAGGGCACUGGUGCUUGAUCGAAACGUGCAUGAACAAAGAAAAUGGUUAGUACAAAGGAGAACGAUGGUGCCAAAGGGGGCGUGGCUGAGGACGUUGAUCCAGAUCUACCCAUAGACAGAGGAUGGGCAUGGUUUAUACUGAUAGGAUCUUUCUUGAACAUUGUGCUCAUGGUCGGCUACAUCAAGUCUCUGAGCAUCCUGUUUGUGGAAUACCUUCGACUGUUCGAGGCGUCUGUAACAACAACUACCCUCAUCAUGGGGGUAUCCUCCGGCGUCUUCAGUUUAUCAUCGUUAUUCAGUAUGCACUUUGUGCUGGAGAAACUGGGUGUAAGGAGGACGGUGAUGCUGGGAGGGGCCAUAUCAUCAGUGUCUAUGCUGACUGCAGUCUUUGCUCCAAGUCUCACGUUCCUCAUCUGUGUUCAUUGUGUUUUUUCAGGGAUAGGCAAUUCAAUGAUCCCAGGUCCUGCACUUGUCAUGAUCGGCCGAUAUUUCAAGAAGCGUCGCGGCUUAGCAACGUCAAUCUCAAUGUCAGGAGUAAGCAUUGCAUCUGGCGUGUUUCCAGUGAUUAUAAGGCUUUUACUGGAUGAAUAUGGCAUACGAGGCACCAUGCUGAUAUGCACAGGGAUGACGAUGAACGUGCUCGUGGGAGCAAGUCUAUUUAGGCCAAUAGAAUCCUUCAAAAAGAAGAAAAGUCCUAUCCUUGACGUUGAGAAACAAGAAAAUCUAGACAAAAUAAAUCAACAGCCUUCUUCAAACAGUGAAAACGGAAAUGCCAAAUCAAAUCACAAUGAUCAAGUGAAGGGGAAGGUGGAUGAAGGACAAAAAGAUUUGGAGGAAGUUCUGGAAACUGCACUGUCUUGCUCUGCAGAUUCAUGCAAGGACAACCCACUGUCAGCUGGUACUUUCACACGCCAACGAACAGUUUCGGUAUCUGAGAAAAGACUUUUCACAAGUGAUCCAGAGUUGUUAUCGAUUUCAAUUUUAGAUCUAGCUAACACAGGGGAUGAGGAGUUAGAGGAAAAUACGUCCUUUGUGAAGGAAAAAUCCAAAUGUUGCAAAUGCGCAGGUGCUAUUUUGGACCUCUCCUUGGUACGAAUGCCGAUGUUUCAACUUUUUGCCAUUACUGCCGUGUUUGGAAUAUGCAGUAAUUUGAUCUCGAACUACAUACCUGCUUUCGCCAACGAGAACCAUAUCAACAAGACAGAUUCUGCUCUUUUACUGCUCAUAAUGGGUGCCAUGGACUUUUUCUGCCGGAUACUUUUGGGCGUGUUUGUUGACUUAAAGUUGAUAAAAGUAAACCAAACAAUGGCGAUCGGUUUGAUUAUAGCUAGCACCAUGUCCCAGUUCACCAGUUAUUUCACUACGUAUCCUCUGAUGAUAAUGUUUGCUGUUUUCAACGGAAUCUUUGGAAGCGCUUACCAAAGUCUCGUGCCAGUUCUGAUCGUGGAUUAUAUGGGCUUGGAGUACAUGGGAAAGACCCUCGGUUUCUCCUCCAUGUUUCAUGGGAUGUCAGUUGCCAUCACUCAUCCAGUUCUAGGCAGCAUCAAGGAAGCCAGUGGUUCCUACAGCUACUGCUACACCUACCUCGGAUGCGCCGGCUACAUAGCAUCUCUCCUCCUGCUGGUCGGAGAACCAUUGGUCAGGAGAAAGGUCAAGGCCAAAGAGAAAGAAAAUGAGGGAGACAAAGAAGCAAACACUCCCUUAAAGGCUAACUCAUAACAAUUUUCAUGUUCAUUUGCCUAAUGUUGGACAAAACUGUAAACCUGUGACAGAAUGAACGUUAUAUCAUGAUGCAGGUACCUCCAGCGGCUUUGAGCAUUACUCCAGGUGUACUUCAGCUUCAGCGUCAGCUGUACUUGGAACUCAAUCUCGGAUCUUCGCCUUGACCAGCCCAUGGUCUAGACAAUGCAAGUACACGCAGGAAUGUACUUAAAAUCCUACCUUAUAACCCUUGAACGUAAGCGUGAAACAAAGUAUAACAAGUAAAUAGGCGAUACCCGGGAGGUCACACGAUGGUAAAACCGAUUACAUCACAGUCUAUUGAAUUCCAAUUUGAUCGAUUAAAACUUGUAUAUAAGUAUUUUAUUCAAGGGAUAAAAUAUGUGAACAAUAUUUACAAAACUGUAUUCCACUAUCUUGAUGAAGUGGAAGGCAUUGAUCGAACAUAAGUGAAGUCGAUCCACGGAUUAAUCAAUGUUAAGCGCCUUUGCAACAUGAAUGCUAGUUUGCUGAACUAGGACAGAUGCAAAUUUAGGGUCCAUUCAUAAUAUAUGGUGUGGGGUG